AUGGAAUUAACAAAUCUGCCUGCAGAGCUUAUCCUCAGGAUAUUCUCCUACCUUACGCAACACCAACUGACCAUAAUCGCCAAGGUAUCGGAGACAUGGAAGCAGCUGGCUUUCGACCCUUCUCUCUGGACGGAGAUUUCCAUCGACUCCAGAGCAAACCACAGCAAACAGUACACGCGGGAAGUGCUCGACAGAGCUUUAUUAAUCAGACAGCUGGAUGUGUCGUCUGGCUCCGUGGAUCUUGAGACAGUCGCCUCCUGCUCGCAUCACUUCAAGCUGCUGACGGAGCUGUUUCUUCCGGGUCGAGCACUGUCUCACCACGCCAUACCUACGAUCUUCGCAAAUUCAGUGAGCCUUUCAAAGCUAUCUUUAAGUGGGCAGAACAUCCUUCUGCCCAACGACGUUCUUACCCUGGAACAGUUACCUCGCCUGAAAUUUCUGAUUACAACGGACGAACUCAAGAUACACGACGACGUUCUGCGACAAAUAAGUUUGAGCUGCCCAACGCUCGAAUACCUCGCGCUCAACUCGGAUCACAUAUCGAGAAGGGACACUUGGGAAUGUCUGGCGAGGCUCAAGUUCCUGAAAUGCCUUUCGGUAAGCCGGAUCUCGACAGGAUCGCUGCUUCACGCGUCCAAGAGCUGCCCUACUUUGGAAAGCUUGGUGAUAGGUAACAUCUGGAACGAGAACCAGGUGUCGGUGGCCCAGUCCCUCCGGGGCUUCCGGACACUCAAGUCCCUUAGCGUGAGUAGCGACUGCGGGGACGGUUGGUUCAACGCCGACUUCCAGCUGCCACCCAGGUUGGAGCAGUUCGACGUUCCGGAGUUGCAGCUCAAAGAGGAUCAUCUGACGCAGCUUGUUCACUCCUGCAAGGGCACACUGCGCCAAAUCACAAUUUCGGCCGCGCUGUUGAACGAUGCGGCUCUCAGGAAGCUGCCUGCCUGCAUAAACCUGGAAGAGAUUUCCAUCUACGGCAUAUCAGGCCUCCUUCCGAUCCUUCCUUUAAUUGCCAAGAUGCCAAGACUCGUCAGCGCUCAGGUGCACGCGGUCGGAGGCGCGAAGGAAACCAUCCGCCAACUCACUUCCAUCGUGGAUAUUUUGGAUCGUUCCAAACGUGGCCACACGCGGCUUGACAUCAAUAUCUUUUGUUCGUCUCAGUCGUCCUUGGACACCAUGCUCCGAGAACUCUUCAUGUUCAAGAAAUUUAUUUUGCUGAACACAUGCCUGUCACCGCAACACAUUAGGAACUUGGAAGAGCAGUGGUGGCGGCUGAAGGACGCCAAGUUAUUCUGGCUGCCCUGUGGAGAGCAGGUGCAUCACAGCGUAACCACCUCUUUUCCUGCUGUUUGCAAAACCUUGAGGCACCUGACGCUAGACAUCGUGGAUGCUUAA